ACUUGUUAACGUCAAUAUUAUGUUCACUUACCCAUAAUGGCUAGUCAUAAAGCAAUUGUGCAGGUUUUUGAAAAUUAUCAAAGGGCUAGAAUUGUAUUUGUUCAACAGAUAGCAGAUUUGGCAUUAAGACCUCAAAAUGUGGAUGUACUGGAUAGUGGGAAUAUAUUAGAUCUGUUGAAACCUUUGCUCACCGAUGUCUGCGUCCAGGUGCAGCAAUGUGCAGCCAUAGGCUUAGGAAGAAUAUUGCACCAAAAGGAAGAAAUGGCAUUGAAAGCAUUGAAUCUGAAUUUCCUACCAAUAUUAUUAACAAAUAUACAAAAUAAAAAUAAAUACCAGAAGAAGGCGAUUCUGUUCGUGCUUAGAUCUAUUUGUAAGCACGGUGAAGACCUUUGCAGAAAUGUUGUAAAUAGUGGUGGUAUGCCAGCCGUAUUGUACUGUUUAGAAGAUUUUGAACCAAUUGUCAAAGAGUCUGCAGCUUGGGUUGUAGGCUACGUUGCAAGAACCAGCAAGGAAUUGGCACACAUGUGCGUUCAGUCUGGGGCAGUACCGCUUCUAAUUCUGUGUCUCCAAGAACCAGACUUAUCUUUAAAACAAAUCGCAGCUAGCGCCCUUGCCGACAUCGCCAAGCAUAGUUUGGAGAUGGCACAAACUAUAGAAGACGCCGGCGCCAUUCCUCAUUUGGCAAGGAACCUGAGUAACUCUGACGAAAAAUUGAAGAGGCAAGUGCUUUACGCCCUAAGCUCGUGCGCAAAGCACUCUACGGAAAUGGCGGAGGUCAUCGUAGAAGCAGAGUUGUUCCCUUUGGUUCUUAUACACUUAGCACAUUCCUGUGCUUUAGUGGCGAAGAACGCUGCUUGUCUGGUCAGGGAUGUGGUGAAGCAUUCUUUGGAAUUGGCACAAUUGGUUGCAAACACAGGAGGAGUUGGUGCUCUGCUGGAGGUCAUCCAACAUACUGAAGGAGACUGCAGGAUACCUAGCAUUACCGCCCUUGGUUAUAUGGCUGCUCACUCGGAGCAGUUAGCCAAGUCUAUCAUCUCCAGCCAAGGCGUCAACGAACUGACCAAGAUACUUAACGAGUGUCAGGAUGAUUCCAUACUAGCUGUCACUGUCUGGGCCUUGGGACAGCUGGGUAAGCAUAGUCCCGACCAUGCUCAAGAGGUAGCAAAUGGCAAUACCCUGGUACGUUUUCUGCAACUCUACAACUCCAGAUUAUCGUCAGAGGACUUGAAAUUCAAGACGAAAUCCACACUGAAAACGAUUCUGCAGAGAUGCGUUUUGUUGUCUGCUCUAGAGCCAUUGUUGUACGAGGCUCCGCAAGAGAUACUCAAGUAUGUGCUGGGUCAGUAUAGCAAAGUUUUACCACACGAUCCGAAAGCUAGAAGAUUGUUUGUAACCACAGGGGCCUUGAAGAGGAUACAAGAGAUCGAUGCCAAACCUGGUAGUACUUUGCUAGAGUACAUAAGUGUCAUUAAUGCGUCUUUCCCAGAUGAAAUUGUGCGAUAUUAUUCUCCCGGAUACCCUGAAACUCUUUUGGAGAAAGUGGAACAAUAUUCACCACAGAUGGCUUCAGUAUUCAAAGAAACCCGUAGAAAAGAUAGCGACUUACAAACCGAGGUUUCUGUUCUUCUCGACGAAACUGCGUCGUCUCUCAGCCAGGAUGUUAUGGAUAAUAUUUGAAAGCUAUCCAUUUUUAUACAACAACUGUUAUACACUCAUUUGCCCAAUGUAUUUUAUAAUAUCCCAUUUUCAUUUUACAUUUGAAUAUAGUGGUAUUUAUAUUUGUUUCUUGGGAGUCGCAAUGGCAAUAUAUCGCUAUGAAAGAUCGAAAUGA